AUGGACUUCCAGUUCACUGACCGAGCACAACAAUCCGUCGCUGCGGCUAUCCAGGUAGCCAAAGACUACGCACAAGCUCAAGUUUUCCCAGUGCAUGUUGCCUGGGCACUUCUUCACGAAGGAGACGCUUCUGGCUCCUCCUCAAGACCCGUAGAGUCUCUGUUUUCCUCCGUUAUCGCGCGCGCUGGUGGGGACGCUACUGCUGUGAAACGCGCCGUUCAAAAGGCAAUUGUGCGCCUUCCAACACAAAGCCCACCUCCAGAAGAUGUUUCCAUGAGCUCGCAAGUGCUCAAAAUUCUGCGAGAGGCACAAAGCAUCCAGAAAGCCACACGAGAUAGCUACAUCGCAUCAGACACUCUGGUCCUUGCCCUUCUUCGCGAUCCUGGGAUCGCCGAAAUCAUCAAAGAGGCGGGCCUAACGGAAGCUGCCAUAAAAACUGCUGUCGAACAAAUUAGGGGCAACCGAAGAGUUGAGUCUCGAACCGCUGAGCAAGGCUUCGACGCUCUUCAGAAAUACGCGAUAGACCUCACUGCUCUUGCCGAAGAAGGGAAGAUUGACCCUGUUAUUGGCCGUGACAACGAGAUUCGUCGUGUCAUACGAAUUCUCUGCCGCCGAACAAAGAAUAAUGCCGUUUUAAUCGGAGAGCCAGGUACUGGCAAGACGACAAUUGCUGAAGGGUUAGCGCAAAGGAUAGUAAACCGCGAUGUCCCUGCAAGCCUUCUCUGUCGUCUCUUCAGCCUCGAUGUCGGCGCUCUUAUGGCAGGCGCUAAAUAUAAAGGGGAAUAUGAAGAACGCAUCAAGUCCGUUCUGAACGAAGUAGAACAAGCAGGAAAUGAUGGUGGUCCUGGAGUGUUACUUUUCGUGGACGAGAUGCACUUACUCAUGGCCGGUCGCGGCUCUGAGGGAGGCGGGAUGGAUGCCGGAAACCUCUUCAAGCCUCUUCUCGCUCGGGGCAAACUGCGAUGUAUCGGUGCGACCACUUUGGCCGAGUAUCGCCAACAUAUCGAGAAGGAUGCUGCUUUGGAAAGACGUUUUGCUCAAGUCCUCGUUAAAGAGCCGUCAGUUCCGGAAACCAUAUCGAUACUUCGAGGCAUUCGCGAAAAGUACGAGGUUCACCACGGAGUCCGAAUCCACGACGGUGCACUCAUCGCUGCCGCAACCCUGGCCCACCGCUAUCUCACUUCUCGUCGCCUUCCCGAUGCUGCUAUUGACUUGGUCGACGAAUCCGCUGCAGCCCUGCGAGUUACACGGGAGACUGAGCCUGAGGAAAUCGACAGGCUUCAACGUCGCAAACUUGAACUCGAGGUGGAGAUACACGCAUUGGAGCGAGAAAAGGACCAAGCAAGCAAAGAGCGGUUGGAGCUUGCUCGCAAGGCGAUCGCCAAUGUUGACGAUGAGCUUCAACCGCUUAAAGCCGCAUUCGAGAACGAGAAACAGCGAGGGGACGAAAUCAGCAUUGUCCGCAAGAAGAUGGAGGAACUGAGGGCGAAAGCAGAAGAUGCAGAGAGAAGGCAUGACUUGCAAACCGCCAGCGACAUUCGCUAUUACGCGCUCCCUGAUCUAAACAACCGACUCCGUGAACUCGAAGCCAAGAAAGCGGCCGAAGAUGCGGAAGGAGGGGACCAAUCCGACGUUGUCACCUCUGACCAGAUUGCUGAAGUUGUGGCACGCUGGACUGGUAUACCGGUUUCAAGACUGAUGUCGACAGAGAAGGAGAAACUGUUGCGGAUGGAGAAAGUUUUGGCGAGCAGUGUUGUCGGUCAGACGGAUGCAGUAAAAGCUGUUGCAAACGCUAUUCGACUAUCGCGAUCUGGGCUCACAAAUCCUCAACGACCCAUUGCCAGCUUUUUGCUUGCAGGACCAUCCGGAACAGGAAAAACGCUGUUAGCCAAAACUCUGGCACAAAUUCUAUUCGACACCCCCGAGGCUAUGAUCAGAAUUGACGCCUCUGAAUAUUCUGAAAAACACAGCAUAUCGCGACUUAUUGGCUCGCCGCCUGGAUAUGUAGGACACGAUGAAGGUGGCCAGCUCACAGAAUAUGUUCGACGCAAACCCUACACAAUCGUAUUAAUUGAUGAAGUCGAAAAGGCCUGCAGAGAAUUCGUCACCCUCUUUCUGCAAGUUCUGGACGAUGGCCGCCUGACAGAUGGUCAGGGUCGGAUCGUCGAUUUCCGCAAUGUCGUCAUUAUUAUGACCUCCAAUCUGGGUGCCACAUAUUUGAAUGAGCUGGGCGACGGCGGUGCCAUCGACCCUCAAACGCGCUCGCUGGUUACUGGCGCCAUCCAGCACCACUUCCCACCUGAAUUCAUCAACCGCAUUGACGAAGUCGUGAUAUUCCGUCCUCUCUCGAGAAGGAAUGUCCUCAAGAUCGUGGACAUCCGUCUCAAAGAAAUCGAGGAACGACUCGCUGAACGCAAGAUAACUCUUGAUGUCGAUCUAGCGGCCAAAACAUAUCUUGCCAGUUCGGGCUAUAGUCCACAGUACGGCGCUCGUCCUUUGAAUAGGGCCCUUCAAACCGAGCUCCUCCACCCACUGUCAAUGCAAAUUCUUGGUGACCGUGUCAGGGACGGUGAAGUCGUUCGAGUGCGGUUUGAUGGGCCCCGAAACAGGCUGGUCGUUGAGCCCAAUCAUGAAGGAGUGGCGCCAAUGGAUUUGGACUUUGGAGACGACGACGACGACAUUGAAAUCGAAGAAAUGGACUAA